AUGCCGAAACAAGACAUACUAAUGCCGGUAGGAGACUUUAAUGCGCAGGUAGAAAGAGAACUAUGUUACCAAGAAGUAGCUGGACCACACACCCUACAUGACGUGACUAAUCAGAAUGGAGAAAUGUUAUGUGACUUAGCUACCGCAAUGAACAUGACGACAAUGAGCACAAAAUUUAAACAUAAAACAAUUCAUAAGAUCACAUGGAUGCUGCCAGGGAAGACUACUGGAAAUCAAAUAGAUCACAAAAAGAUGAGACCCAAAAGAGUACCCGACAGUAUAGAAGAGAAAUGGAAAGUUCUAAAAGACUGCAUCACAGAAUCCGCAAACAAAACAGUGGGAUAUAAAGCAAACAAAAAAAAAACAUGGUUCGAUGAAGAGUGCAAGCUAAGCAUUGAAAGAAAAAAAUUAGCUAGAAUAAAAUGGUUAAAAUCAACAAUAGAUAGCGACUUGGAAAAUUACAGAAUAAAAAGAAAAGAAUCGAACAAACUGUGUAAAAGUAAGAAGACAGAAUGGAUAGAAAAGAGGAUGAACGAAAUGGAAAAAGAAAACAAGAGAAAUAACCAGACCCCACUGUACAGAUUCCUAAGGAAGAAAAGAAAACUCCCAACGGUAAAUAUCGAAGACGAAAAAUGGAGAAAGCACUAUGAAAAACUGUAUGAAGACAAAGAAAAGAAAAGUAAUGACGAAGAAACAAGAAUAAACGAAAAGCUUGAAAGAACAGAAGAGGAACAACAGCCGGUCGAGCUGCAGUGGACACGUUAUUUACGACCCAAAAACCUUUUCUAUUAUGACAUAGUGAUUAAUACCAAAAGGAAACAAUAUUUAGAGAACACAUUUCAAAUCAUAGAACAAGAAUCCAAAGAAAGAGGGCUGACGAUCAACGAAUCCAAAACAAAGUACAUGCACUGCGAUAAGAAAGAAGAUAAACAGCUGGGCAGUUUACAAAUAGGACAGUACAGCUUUGAAGAAGUUGAAACAUUCAAAUAUCUAGGAAUCAUAAUAGACAGAAAUAAUGAUAACGUACACAUAAAGCAAAGAAUGCAACAAGGAUACAAAGCAUUUUACAGCAAUAAGAAAACGCUCCAAGAUAAGAGACUUGAAACGGCAAAUAUAACGAAAGAAGAAGCUAAGGUCCAAGCAUUCGAGAGAAAAGUAAUAAGAACGAUACUAAACCUAAAAGUAACAGAAGAUGGAGAAAUAAGAAUACUGAUGAAUUACGAAAUCGACCAAAUACUGAAACAAGAAAACAUAGUCAGAUCUUGCAAAGCACAGAGGAUAAGAUGCUACGAUCAUAUUUUCAGAAAAACAAAAGACGAUCCAAUAAGAAUUUUAACGGAAUGGAAACCGACAGAAGCUAGACCAAGGAACAGAUGGAGAGAACAAGUGGAGAAUGAUACAAAAGAAAUGAAUGUUGGCAACAGAAACAAAACAUCAAUAACAGAAAAGAAUGGAGGAAGAUUGUACAACAAGCGAAAACUCACCAGCGGCUAUGAAGACAAAAUGAACGGAGAAUAUGAAUUGAUCCACCAGUAA